AUGCCAACUACCAACAGAAUCAUGCCCGAGAGCAGGAAACCAGAGAAACUUCCACUCUAUGAGCCCAAUAUCCCCGAGCCUUCAUCCAGAGCGGACCUGCUGAAAUACUGGAUCAAUCUUUCUCUGGAUGAGAAGACAGCCAAUAAGGUGCUGUGGAUUACUGAGGGCGGGGCCAAGGUGUCCCGCAUGACAGAAGAGGUGUGUCCUUACCUGGACAGACCAGAGAGAUACGAACAUUCUCCUCAGGUGCUGUGUAAGGAGUCCGUGUGGGGGGCGCGGGGGUACUGGGAGGUGGAGUACUCCGGCUGGGUGGUGAUCGGCGCCACGUACGAGGGUGCAGGGAGAAGGGGGAGCGACGGACCCUGUGGGCUGGGGGAGAUCGAGGAGUCCUGGGGUUUGGGCUGGGCUGGUUCCUGUUAUCACGCCUGGCACAAAGGAAUCAACCAGGAGAUCCACGAGGUUCCGCAGCGCUCCACCAUCGGCGUGUAUUUGGACCAGCCCGCCGGGAUCCUGAGUUUCUAUGCCGUGGAACCGGCUGCGGAGGGAGAGGGGGGUUCUGGGAGGAAGGAGGUGAAACUGCUGCAUCGGUUUAAAAAUCCCAUUAAGGAGAAAACACUGCCAGGGUUUUGGGUGGGGAGACAAUCCUCCUGCCUGUUACUGCAAAAAGAGGAGUGA